UUCUUGCAGGAUGGCCGAGCCACUGCCCCUGUCGUACGUGACCGCUCAGGAGAUCCGCUGCCUCUUGCACUGGCUAUCUGGCUGGGCCCCAGCUCAACGGGAGCGCUUCCUGCAUGACCUGGUGGACAAGGCUGUGCCCUGCAAGGUGCUCCCUCUCCUGGAAGGGCUGGCGGGACUCAGCAUGGAGCCCAGGAAGCCCCCGUCCAUCUUCGAGUGCCAGAUGCGCCUCUGGGACCAGUGGUUCCGGGGCUGGUCGGAGUCCGAGCGCAACGAGUUUGUGAGGCGGCUGGAGGAGGUGGAGCCCGGCAUGGCCUCCAGCUUUUAUCAAGAGGUGGCCAAAACGGCAGGGCAGGAGUGACGGGG